AUGCGUCUCAUUUCCGCUCUGGCCUUCGCGGCCGCGGCCGUCGCCCAGAUGAUUCCGAGCUCCCUCGAGAUGAGCGUCGACUCCGAUGCCGUUGAUGCGCUUGCCGGCCCUGUCUUUGCGGCUGACGAGGCACCCUCUCCCAUAUACGAGACCAUCUCCGGUACACCCUACACGCCCACCGGCUUCGUUCCCGCCUCUCCCACUGAGCCCGCCGCGUCUGGCCCCGUCGAGGCUCCCGCGACGGCCAUCUCCGCGUCCGUGUCGGUCCCCGCCGGCGCUCCUUUGCCCAUCUUCGAGACUUUAUCCCGGGACCCCGUCGCCUCCUCGGCCGCCCCCUCCGCCACCCUUCCCGUCGAGUCUCUGGCGCCUUCGGCGCCUCCCAGCAGCAGCACACCUGUAUCGGCUCCCGCCGGUGGCGGCGCCGUCGACCCUACCUUUGCGCCUGGCGAGACCCCCUCUCCCAUAUUCGUGACUCUCUCCGGUGCCGGCUACACGCCUACCGGCGGCGUCCCGGCUGUUUCUUCCGCGAUCCCCACCGAACCCGCCCAGAAGAUCCCCGCGAGCUCCGGCCCCGCAACCGUGCCAGCUCCCUCCGGCGCUCCCUCGCCCAUCUUCGAGACUCUGCCCCAAGGCCCCGUCGCCUCCUCAACUGGCGCUCCCGCCUCGGAACCCGCGCCCACCGCUCCCGCAGAUUCUGCCCCUACGUCCGUGUCGGCCCCCGCCGGCGCCCCCACCCCUAUCUAUGAGACCUUGUCCGAGGGCCCCGUUCGCUCCUCGGCCUCCCGCUCCGCCGGCGUGCCCGUCGAGUCUUUGGCGCCUUCCGGCAGCGCCCCCCUCUCGGCUCCCGCCGGUGCUCCCACGCCCAUAUUCUCGACCCUGCCCCAGGGCGCCGAGCUCGGCAGCGCGCCCAGCCCUACCAAGUGCCCCUUCUUCAGCGGCCAGGUGUGCGUCACAAAAACGGCCACCGAGACCGUCUACGUCACAGUAGAGGUGUGA